UGACUUGCCCAGUUGCCAUGGCAACGGAAAGAAGCGUCUCCGGGCUGUGCCGAUGACAACAAAAAUGGCGGCGAGCAGCGGGAGAGCCCAGACAGGAAUCAAAUUGGACAACGAAGCCAACAUAUUGGGAAAUAUUAGCAAACUGAGUGUUUCUCCUCCUGGGUUUUGCGGUCUACCCAAAAAGGGACAUCUCAUUUUUGAUGCCUACUUUGAAAGUGGUAACCUUGGCAGAGUAGACUAUAUCUCAGAGUUUGAAUAUGACCUCUUCAUCCGACCUGAUACAUGUAACCCACGAUUUCGUGUAUGGUUCAAUUUUACAGUGGAGAAUGUGAUAGAGUCCCAGAGGGUCAUUUUUAAUAUUGUCAACUUCAGCAAAACCAAAAGCCUUUAUCGAGAUGGGAUGGCUCCAAUGGUGAAAUCAACCAGUCGCCCAAAGUGGCAACGGCUCCCAUCCAAAAAUGUUUAUUACUACCGCUGUCCAGAUCAUCGUAAGAACUAUGUCAUGUCAUUUGCCUUCUGCUUUGACAGAGACAAUGAUGUGUAUCAGUUUGCUUAUUGUUACCCAUAUACGUAUACUCGCCUGCAACAUUACCUGGAGAACUUGGAUCGAAGAGGUCUCGACUAUGUCCAGCGAGAACUGCUUGCCCUCAGUGUGCAACAAAGAAGAGUUGAUCUUCUGACCAUAACUAACCCCGUGAACCUGGUGUCGAAAGCCAAGCAAAAGGUCGUGUUUAUAACGGCGAGAGUGCACCCCGGGGAAACGCCUUCCUCCAUUGUCUGUCAGGGUAUCAUUGAUUUUCUUGUGAGUCAGCAUCCAGUUGCAAAAUGCCUGAGAGAUUAUUUUGUUUUCAAGAUAGCACCCAUGCUUAAUCCAGAUGGAGUCUACCUGGGCAAUUACAGGUGCUCCUUGAUGGGUUUCGAUCUUAACAGACACUGGCAAGAACCCUCUCAUUGGGGUCACCCCACCUUGUACGGAGUGAAACAGCUCAUCUUAGAGAUGCACCAUAGUCCGAAAAUCAAUCUUGAGUUUUACAUUGAUAUACAUGCCCACUCAACCAUGAUGAAUGGAUUCAUGUAUGGAAACAUCUUUGAAGAGGAAGAACUCUUUCAGAGACAAGCCAUUUUUCCAAAGCUACUUUGUCGAAACGCUGAAGAUUUCUCUUUUUCCAGCACAACAUUUAACAGAGAUACCAUGAAAGCUGGGACAGGGAGACGCUUUUUGGGAGGCCUGCUAGAUGACUCUUCAUAUUGCUACACCCUGGAGGUCUCAUUCUACAGCUAUAUGGUGGGGGACUCUGUCAUGCCCUACACAGAGGAAUCCUAUAUGAAGCUUGGAGGAAACGUAGCAAGGACGUUCAUGGAUUACUAUCAGUACUGCGGCACAAUGGCAGAACCCGUGGCUCCUGUAUCUUACACACGGAGAGAAAAGUCACCAGCCUCCCCUGGGGUGCAUCAGCAAGGAGUCGGGGAAACGCGGAAAAACCGCAGGAGUUCAGCGGGCAACAAGGCACGGCAAAGCCCUCGUAGAUCUUUAAAUUGUUCUUAAAAUUGUGAAUAGUACACAUUUAAAAAUCAGGAAAAACUUUCCAUGCAAGGCCAGCAAGGAAAAUAAUCCACAUUGCUGUUAAUUCUGAAACGUCCCAUUACAUUACUCAAUGUUUUGCACGCAGAGCAAGUGGCUUAUUUGUUCAAA